AUGUAUGCUGUAGGAUUGCUCUCAAGGUUCUUGCAUUGUUGCAAUGAGAAGCAUUUUCAGGCUGCCAAGAGAGUGCUCAGAUAUGUCAAAGGCACUUUGGACUAUGGCUUAAGGCUCUUGACGAGUUCUCCAUGCGAAUUUGGUUGGUUCGGGAGUUUCGGUUACGUAUACAAAGGAAUUCUUGAAGAGAGUGGAGUAGUUAUUGCAGUAAAGGUUCUUAAUCUUUUGGACCAUAGAUCAUCUAGGAGUUUCUUGGUUGAAUGUGAGACCUUGAAGAACAUUCGACAUCGGAAUCUUGUCAAGGUAUUAACAGCAAUUUCAGGUGUUGAUUAUCAAGGCAAUGAUUUUAAAGCCUUAGUUUAUGAGUUCAUGGUAAAUGGAAGCUUGGAGGACUGGCUGCAUUCGCCGACAGGUACCAGUGAACUGGAAACGAUGAGAAAGCUAAACUUCUUCCAACGAGUAAGCGUGACGAUAGAUGUUGCUCAUGCACUUGAAUAUCUGCACCAUCAUUGUGAAACAUCAAUCAUUCAUUGUGACCUGAAGCCAAGCAAUAUUCUACUUGAUGAGGAAAUGGUUGGCCAUAUAAGCGACUUUGGCUUAGCGAAAAUCAUUUCUGCAGACGAACUUAACCGUUCUACUAAAAUGUCAAGCUCCCUUGGAUUAAGAGGAACUAUCGGUUAUGCUCCUCCAGAAUAUGGCAUGGGAAGCGAGUUGUCAACAAAAGGUGAUGUGUAUAGCUAUGGCAUCCUACUGCUUGAGAUGUUUACAGGAAAAAGGCCGACCAAUGAAAGAUUCAGAGAUGGUUUAAGUCUCCACAACUUUGUUAAGGCAGCACUGCCUGAACAAAUAAUCGAGAUUACAGAUCCUAUUCUUGUUGAAGAAAGAGUCACACGAGGAACACCCGAUGUAAAAAACUUGAGAAAUGAUAGACAUCUUCGGUGCUUGAAUUCACUAUUCGAAAUAGGACUCGCUUGUUCUGCUGAAUCACCCAAUGAGCGCAUUGACAUGAGUGAUGUUGUUACCAAGCUUUGUUCCAUUAGAGACAAGAUAUUGCUUAGUCGAAAGGUAUCUAAGGUGUCGUAUGGAUGA